CUGGGUUCUUUUCUCUCCGGACUUCGAGAAGAUGUUUGCAACAAUGCUGAAGAUAUUUGCAAUUAUAGCAGCCCUUUCAGGCUACACCAGCGGUGUGACAGUGACAGUUCCGCAGAGCACGGUAAACGUCACUGUUGGUGGAAAUGUCACUCUCCUCUGCACAUACACAACAACUGGGUCUGUGGAUUCACUUUUCAUUCAGUGGAGUUUUUACAGUGCCAAAGAGAAACAACCUCAAACAAUCUAUUAUUUUCAGAAUGGACAGGCUUAUGAGUAUGGCGAGUUCAAGAACAGAAUAAACGGGACAACAAACCAAGGAAAUGCAUCAAUAAUAAUUUUCAACAUGCAGCCCUCAGACACUGGGUUUUAUACCUGCGAAGUUUUCAACCCACAAGAUUCAAAUGGACAGAACCAGAAAUCAGUGGCUGUCAGUGUACUGGUCAAACCUUCACAGCCUCACUGUAGCUUACGGGGAACCCCUGAGACAGGCCACCUUGUCUCUCUCUCCUGCUAUUCUGAAGAAGGGAUGCCUGCGCCUACAUACCAGUGGUAUAAAGUAUCAGGGGAGACCCUCAAACCCAUGACAGAACAACUCAAUACAAAAACUGGGCUUUUGAUUAUUGGUAAUCUCACCACCUUUGAAACUGGAUACUACCGGUGCACAGCUACUAACAGCCUUGGAUACAGCAGCUGUGAAGUUGACUUGACUGCAAUUCAGAAGGGUGGUCUCAUUGCUGGAGCAUUAAUUGGAGCAAUUCUGGGAGCAGUUGUUAUCUGCAUUAUUGUCUGGUUUUUAAUCAAGAGGGAGAAGAAAAAGGAGAGAAAAGAGAAAGCAGCAAAUAGUGAAAUGCGACCAAUGACUCAGAAACAACAGGCAAAUGCGGAAUAUGCUAAUAUACCCACCCAAGAAAAUGAGUCUGUUGCCACAGCUACACCAAGCAGAGAAGCUAAUGCAGCAAAUGAAUACUCUACGGCUGCGGAAACUGCUGCCUCUGGAAUGCCUGAAAACGAUGAGAUGCAAGGAGUGGAGACACAAGCGAGAGCCUAAAAAUUCUAUUGCAAUUUCCUUAUCUGCUAUGAACCCCAUCUUCAAAAAUGUUGGUAUUGAAUUAACGCAGGAAGUAGUGUGGUUACAACCCACACACCUGCAUUUGUGAUAUUAAUCACAAGGUGGGAGUUUGAAGGUCAUGCCUUCAACUAUCCAAGAAGUACGCAUAUGAUGGCCUCAUUUUUCAAUUUUGUUAUUGCACUUAUUAACUAUCUAGCUAUGACUGUGUACCAAAUAUGAAUGACAGCAUAGCUAAUAACUCCAUUUAUCCACCCCAUUUGAGAAUAUUAUUAUUAAAUGGGUUUGGAAAGACAGACAACACUGGAGGCUUUCUUAUUGGCUGCUGGUGAAGCUAUGUGAUGGCUUGUAAACACAGGAGUCCCUUUUUCUGAAAGAAAAUGGUCACUGCCACGCACACUGAAGUGUUGCAUGUGCUGAGAAUGACACAGGACGACUGUCUUAGCAAAUACAUUACAGUAUCUAAGGACCUGAUCCCACAUCUUGGAAAUCAAUGAGAGUUUGGCCACUGACUUCAACAGGUGCAGGAGCAGACUCUUAGAGCAUGUGUUCAUAUCUGCCUCUAGCAGCCAUCCCCAGGAACAGUGAAAGCCUGCCUCUCACUGGCAGCUAACGCAGUUACAUCUUUAACUAAAGAAGUACUUUGGUAGGAAUGUUGCUGAAGUUCCUGGGUUCAGUCAUCACUGAUGAUCAAAGUCCAUAUCAAUGGCUCAUUAACCAAAACAAGAGGGUAUCAACAUUUGAGGCAAACUCAGAAAUUCAGACUGAUGAGGUGCUAAUUAUGAUCUGUACUAUAAAAGAGGGUUCAGUUUUGGCUAACUAAUAUUAUUGGUUACUAACAUAUCCCAGGGAUAGGUCAGUGGUUUGGAGUGUUGGCCUGCUAAACCCAGGGUUGUGAGUUCAAUCCUUGAGAGGGCCAGU